AUGUGUAUCCAAGAGUAUAUCGCCUACCAAUGUGGGCACCGAACGCCGGGCGUCGUCCGCCCAUGCCCCCUUACCACCGCAGGACACAACUUCCCCGUCUGCACCAUUCAUCCGUCGAAGCAACACCUGGCACACACCAUGUGCGGUCCUUGUGAGAGACUCCUACACUCACGAUGGGUGCUCAUUCGGGAGUGGGAGCAUCGCUGGCUGCAUGAGCGUGGAGUUUGCGGUUGUGAUGUGGUCUUCCCCGGCCUUCUGACCCGGCCUCGCGUGAUUGGCAACGUCUCAGGCUCAGAGGAGGACGUCACCGAAGGGACCCGAGGCGACACAAUCGGACGUUAUGGAUCUGCCACCCCCGGUGACACAGCGGAGGCAGCAGAAGAGGCACAAGGACAAGGUCGUACAGGAGGGAAUUAUCACAUCCCGCCCAUAUUCACCGAAACCGCCGCCGGCGAUCAGCAACGUGUUGCCAUCCGUCUUCCCAGCUUGUACGCGGCAGAGUGGCUAGCUGAUCACCGCGCUCUUCAUGACAGUGGACGAUGCCAGUGUUCGGUCCAGUUCACGCCGUUUCAGCCUGACGUGGGAGAGUACGAUAUGACCACCGAGGAACGGGAGUUUCUCGAGGAAUACCGCCAUACUGAAAGCCGCAACCGGGCGAUAAACGAGAGUGAGGAGGAAAUCGCUUUGCGGAUGGCACAGAUUAAUGAGACGUUUGGACCAUUUGAUCCUGCUGCGGCUGCUGCAUCAUCAUCCCCGACCAAACCGCAACCGCCUCUUGUAUCUGAUUUACCUCCUCCCACCGGCCCUCGUCGUGCUAGAGCUCCCUCACAUCACUGCCAGGGCCAGGGCCAUGACCUUCCUCAUCGACAGUCUCAUCAAGGACAGGUUGGACACUACCACAACCAGCCAAGGUAUGCCACCUCUUCGACUUUGGCCACGAACACCUCCGUGCCCUUCUUCCCCCAGGGGCAAUCUUGUGAUCCGGCAGUUCAGUAUCAGCAGCGACCGGACCUUUUCGGCCUGGCAGAUCAGCUUGUGCAGCUCUCUAUUUCGACUCCAAAGGGAGGAGGAGGAGGAGGAGGAGGAGGAGGAGGAGGAGGAGGAGGAGGAGGAGGAGGAGGAGGUCACUUCGAUUCGUCGUCCUACACAGGUGUGCCGCAGCAGCCGAACUACGACAACAAUGAACAACACGUCUACGGACCACACACCUUCGUACCAAUGGGCAUCAUUUUCCCCGAUGAUCAUCACACUCACAAUCCCAAUACUCAGGACGGACAGGGACAGCAUCAGCAAGAACUUCGCUCCCUAACCAGUAGUCUCCCCCCGCCCCCGCUUCUUCCAUUUUCAUUUCCAUUUCCACCGUACUGUGGUCUGCCCGUUGGCUCCGGACCAGAGGGCAGUGAAGUACACAUGCCUGAGUGGGAGGAGUGCCCGCUGAGGAGAUGCAAGUCGAGUUUCCAACCUGGACCUAGUUCUGGAGUCGGCAGGGUGCCCCUGAGCGAGAUUGAGGAGACUGGAAUUGAGAGCGACGGGGGGGCUACGAAGGAGAAUGAAACUGAGAUCGGGGAGGAGGUUGGAACUGAAACCAAUACCGGAAACGGGAACGACGGAAACGGGAACGACGGAAACGGGAACGACGGAAACGGGAACGACGGAAACGGGAACGAUGCUGAGAGCGGUUGUUGUGAAACUCAAGUUGGUCACGCUGAGCAGCACCAGCAGCAGCACCAGCAGCAUCGAACUAAUUUGGGAGGAGGAGGAGGACACCAACGGAGUUGUUCGUUCUCCUGA